GCCAGAGGUCUGUGUAUAAAAAAGAGGCAGAAAAAAGUCGCUAUGGAUAAUCAGCAGAAGAGGAAUCUAACUUUUCUCACCAUUGGAUUGAUAUUUAUGCUGAGCGGCAUUGAGUAUGCCGUCAUUCUGCCGACAAUAUGGAGGUAUCUGCAGAUUUUGGAGGCCCCCCCUUACUUCCUGGGUCUGGGUCUGUCUGCCUUCAGUCUGAGCGGCCUGCUCACCGGCCCGCUGUUUGGCUUGUGGUCCGACCGCAGCAAGACUACUAAAUCCAUCAUCCUCUUCUCUAAUCUGUUUGAGAUCGUGGGUAACUUCAUGUAUUUUCUUGGACACUCAAAAUGGCUGUUGUUAAACAGUCGGCUUGUAGCAGGUGUUGGUGCGGGAGCGGGCUCCUCUAUCUUCGGUUUCCUGACUCGGAGCACGCGGCCGGAGGAGCGCGCCGGCAUCUUCGCCGCCAUCAUGGCAUGCCGACAAGCCGGCCUACUUGUGGGGCCGGCAUUCAACCUGUUCCUGCGACUGUGUGAUUUCAAACUGGGGCCCUUCGUUGUGAACAAAUAUACUUCUCCUGGGAUCUUCAUGUGCCUGUUGUGGAUGCUGCUUCAGUUUGUCGUCCUGGCUUUGUACUGGGAUGUACCACCCAUCAGCUCAGAAGGGGGCGCAGUGAUGAUGGAGAUGAAACGAGGAGAGGAAGAUGAUGAGGAGGAGGUGCCGCUAAUGGGCUCCGACGAUGAGCCGGUGCACACCUACAGAGCUGUCAACUCCGACCAAUCGGAUGCCUCCGCAUCUUCUGACGUGCAGCCCGUCCACGGCCCCUCGUCGGCACCGAACCCCUUCAAAAACUUCAGCGCCAGCAGAGAGUUCCUGAGAGAGGAGGUGGUUGUUCUUCUCACGGCUCAGUUCAUCACUCUCUUCAAUCAGACAGCGCUGGAGACCAUGGUGACUCCUCUGACGCAGCGCCACUUCAGCUUCGGCGAGCUGGGCAACAGCCUGAUGUACAGCCUGUGCGGGGUUGAGGUCAUCCUGGGCUUCUUCUUUGUCCGCUGGUUGAGCAGGAGGGUGGCGGACCGCGCCGUGCUGGCCGUGGGCUUGAUCAUCUGCUGCACCGCUUGUAUCUGGUGCCUCGUCUUCCUCUGCAACCCCCGAGGUGGAUAUGAAUGGGAGCUGACGGCCUUUAUCAUCGGGGUGUUCCUGCAGCUGCUGGGGCUUCCCUUCGUGGCCGUGUCUCAGGUGUCUCUCUUCUCCAAACUCACCGCAGAGAAAACACAAGGUUUCAGCCAAGGUGUGAGACGCUCAGUUGGGGGCCUGGCCACCAUCCUGGGUCCUCUGUGGGCGGGAGGGCUCACAAACAAUUUGUACGUAAUGCUGGGCAUGAUGCUAGCUCUACUCAUCAUGAUCACAGUUAUGACAGUGCUGUCCUACGACCGGCUCACUGAGCCCAGGGCGGUGCAGAGCGCCCAGAGCUGUGACAGCGGAGGAUAGAGCUGCAGACAGACAGACGGACAGAAAAACUGCAGUGUGGAAUAAAAAUAUUCAAAACACAUAGUGUACAGACCCUGCCAUAGAGGAGCCUACAACUUAAACGUUUUUAAGCUUUGCACAAUCUCUCUGUUGUCACAUCUGAUUAGAAUCUACCUUUGCACGUAUAUAACCAUCAAACUAUUAAUUAUACUUUACACAAGGGGGCACCAUUGCUCUCAUAUUGAAUAUUCAGAGGGGUAAUUGAAGAUGAAAGCUAUUAUUUUUAAACAGAACUAUUUAUAUUCCCAGGUGUUGAUGAAAAGAUAAGAGAGCAGCUUUUUUUCCCCAUGUGACCCAUGUACUGUGAUCUCAUUUCUUGUCUUCCUCUAAAAAAAAUCCUAUUUGAAAAUGAAACGGCUGACACAAUGGGUGCAGGAGUGGAGUUGUCAACAUCUAAGCAGCUCCAUGUCAGUGUGACUGAUAGAAGAAUAGGGUCGAAGACAGUGAAUCGCUUUUGCUAUUUAUUUGUUUUGUUGGAGGGAUGUUUCUAGUGUUCAUGCAGAGCCUUAACUGAAGCCGAUGUUAUCCGAAACUAUGUGCAAAUGAGGAGAUCCUGAAUUAAAACCAAAUUUAAGAAA